UUAAAAAAAAUUAAGUCAUGUAAAUAUUUAGAACAACUAUUCAUUUUUGUAGUUUUUCCUCUUUUCAGACGAUAAAUUAUUUAGUUCUUUUCAGAAUCGUAAAUGGGGGACGAAACUCUAGUUCUCAAGCAAGACAUUAUAGGAACUAUUUCUAAUAACAAUAACAACGUAGUUGAAAAUUCAUUUAGAAAUGAAGAAAAGCUAAAGAAUAUAGUUGAUGAGUUUGGUGAGCAAGAAAAUCCAGAUGAUGGGCUCAAUGAAUCUCCUUUUUCGGAAACGCAAGAAUAUUUGGCAAGCGAUGACGGAAACAAGAAUAUCACUAUGCUAUCUGCAGAUUCCGAUCUUGGCAGAAAGUUGGAUCUUCAAAACACUGGGAUAAAAGUUAGUGUUCAAUAUUCAAAAAAACAGAACAUGGGGUCAGCAAAUUUUGCACCAAAUACGGAAGAAUUUCAGAGAGGUCGAGCUGAGGUUAUUCGCUUACAAGCUGUAACCAAUAAUAAUCAGCAAUCACUGGAAAAAUCUUCACUUUGUAAUUUAAGCGAUGUGGCGCCUGAAAAUUCGACUCACAAAGUAUAUAUUAAUGAAGAUUUGGAUAUUAUUACAAAUGAAUCCACUGUAUCAUCUCAGGUAUCAACUGCUCCACUGAAAGAAAUGCCAGUGUACUUAACACAAAAUGAUUUUCAAAAUAUAAAUCCGAAUGUGGGAUCGGAUAUUCUUCAAACUGCAGUAUCCAGUAUUACAGAAAAUAUUGGAACAACAUACCAACAAGUCAUGUUGGACGUUCAACCCCCUGAAUAUACUAUGUUAAACGCAAAAAAGGCUUCAGACGUGUCUGCUAUGAAUGGGUUAUCAUGGGCAACUAAUUCAACUUCUAGCAGUACGACUGCAACCAGCGAUUGUUCCACCGCCAGCAAUGUUCUUUAUCAGACAAGUAGUUUGGGUACCAGCGAUGUUUUAAAUGAGUAUCGUGGGGUGGAGAAUAUAGGGAUUAAUUCUGCUCAGACAAUGGAAAGUUUUGUUACAGCUGACAAUCAAGUAGUUUAUGGUUACAAGGAUUCAAAUGGAGAAAUGCAUUUCUUCAGUCCAGCACCCGAUGAUAGAGAAAGUCACAACGAAAAAGAAAGGCGAAGAAGAAGUCGUGUCUCUAUAGCCUGUAAUUCUUUGCGAAAAAUGAUUCCUGGAAUAAGUGAGAAAACUGAUAAGGCAACAGUUUUUGAGCAAACUGCGAAAUAUUUGAAAUUUUUAAGAGAUAAGUUUGGAACACAGUUUGAUCAAGCUUAUUGUGAAAAAUACUAUCAAGGAAGAAGUUGAAGAAAAUGCUGUUAACUUAUGUGCACUAUUCUGUGUCAGCUAUUAGUUGUUAUUGAACACAGUACAAUGAAAAAAUAUACUCUGAAAUAAAAGUAUA